CAUAUAUGGCUUGUCUGCUGGUUUGGCCGCGGCACACGCACCCGGCAAAAAGUGAACACGAGAUCACGGUGUGCUCCCACUCGAUCGUUUAGUCAUGCCGUCUGAUUUGGCCAAGAAGAAAGCUGCCAAGAAGAAGGAGGCAGCCAAGGCCCGGCAACGCACUAAGAAACCUGAAGAUGUGAAUGGUGAAAGCGAACAACCUGAGGCUCAAGAGAAUGGAGCAGAAAGCAAUGGUAUUAAUGAGUUGACAAAAGAACUAGAUGAAUUUGAACUGCAAAAGACUGAGGCACGGGCUGUCACGGGAGUCCUUGCCUCACACCCUAACAGCACUGAUGUCCACAUCAGCAGCCUGUCACUCACUUUCCAUGGGAUGGAGCUACUGUCAGACACCAGCCUUGAACUCAACUCCGGCAGACGAUAUGGGCUUAUUGGCCUAAAUGGCACAGGAAAGUCCAUGUUAUUGUCGGCCAUUGGACAUCGUGAGAUUCCCAUUCCAGAGCACAUAGAUAUUUAUCACUUGAGCCGUGAGAUGGCUCCUAGUGAAAAGACAGCAUUGCAGUGUGUCAUGGAGGUGGAUGAAGAGAGAAUCAAGUUGGAAAAGGAGGCGGAGCGACUUGCUCAUGAGGACUCGGAGUGUGAGAAGCUGAUGGAGCUGUAUGAGCGUUUGGAGGAGUUGGAUGCAGAUCAGGCAGAAGUCCGAGCGUCCCGGAUCCUCCAUGGUUUAGGCUUCAGCCCUAUCAUGCAGCACAAGAAGCUCAAGGACUUCAGUGGAGGGUGGAGAAUGCGUGUUGCUCUGGCCAGAGCACUUUUUAUCAAGCCCUUCAUGUUACUGCUGGAUGAACCCACAAACCACUUGGAUCUGGAUGCCUGUGUAUGGUUGGAAGAGGAGCUCAAAUCCUUUAAGCGAAUCCUUGUCCUGAUUUCACAUUCUCAAGAUUUUCUCAAUGGUGUCUGUACCAACAUUAUUCACCUGCACCAGAGAAAGCUCAAAUACUACACUGGUAACUAUGACCAGUAUGUAAAAACCAGAGAAGAGCUGGAGGAGAACCAAAUGAAGCGCUUCAACUGGGAACAGGACCAGAUAGCACAUAUGAAGAAUUACAUUGCCAGAUUUGGCCAUGGCUCUGCUAAGUUGGCACGACAGGCACAAAGCAAAGAGAAAACUCUGCAAAAAAUGGUGGCUUCAGGUUUAACUGAAAAAGUUGUGAAUGACAAGACUUUGUCAUUUUAUUUUCCUCCCUGUGGGAAGAUUCCUCCACCUGUAAUCAUGGUUCAAAAUGUGAGCUUCAAGUACAGCAACAACACACCGUACAUCUAUAAAAACCUCGAGUUUGGUAUUGAUCUGGAUACGCGAGUGGCUCUUGUGGGGCCCAAUGGAGCUGGGAAGUCCACACUUCUGAAACUCUUAAUGGGAGAGCUCCUACCCUCUGAUGGCAUGAUUCGCAAACAUUCUCACGUCAAGAUUGGGAGAUACCACCAGCAUCUCACAGAACAACUGGAGCUGGACCUGUCUCCUCUUGAGUAUAUGAUGAAAUGUUUCCCUGAGAUCAAAGAGAAGGAAGAGAUGAGAAAGAUCAUCGGGCGUUAUGGUCUGACAGGAAAACAACAGGUCAGUCCCAUCAGGAACUUGUCAGAUGGUCAAAAAUGCAGGGUUUGUUUUGCUUGGCUGGCCUGGCAGAACCCGCACAUGCUGUUCCUUGAUGAGCCUACGAAUCAUUUGGACAUAGAAACCAUUGAUGCACUGGCAGAUGCGAUCAAUGACUUUGAAGGCGGAAUGAUGCUUGUUAGCCACGACUUCCGACUCAUUCAGCAGGUGGCUCAGGAGAUAUGGGUGUGUGAAAAGCAAACUAUCACCAAGUGGAAUAGGGACAUCUUGGCAUACAAGGAACAUUUGAAAUCCAAGAUUGAGAAACAGCAAGCGCAUGAUAUUUGAAGUCUUGGCUUUCCAUCUGGGUUUAAACCUAGACUCAUUUGUCCUGAAUAAACAUCUUUUAUGCAUCUA